CUCUCUCUCAACGGCUCCCUGACCGUUAUUUAUGUGGCGAUGAACUAUUCUGCGAUUGGACGACACCCGCUGAUGUUAUCACCGAUGUCAGAUGUGAUUGGUCGAUGGAACUGCGCAAACUCAAGCCUACAGUAUCCGAAGUAAUUUGACGAGAAAAGUCCUCCUUACCUGCCCGCCAUCAGAGCAGUAGCGGCGCGCGCAGCUACCCCCGCAGCCAAUGAGCGCCCAUCGAGCCAACCUCGACCAAUCAUCAUUCUCUCAGGUUACAUAAAGUGAGCUCAAUCGACGUGCAAACCUUCAGUUCUCUCGUGGUCUUUGCUCGGAAUACGUUUAACGUCCUCGAAGCUAAUGCGACUAACUUGGUGCUGCUGUUAACUGCACAACGUGAUCCUUGUUCGCUAAUCCUCGCAUCCGAGUAUCUUCAUGUGGAUAUACACCAAGAUGAUAGCAGAGUGAUUUGCAGACAUAAGGGAUCUCACAGUAGUAUCAGGGAUCACUCGACAGUAUCAGGUGUCCAAGAGGAUGAGGGCGAGUGUUGUGCUUCUGACCUGCCUCAUGGUCGACGCCGCCGCCAAUACCUCCUCGGAUGCGGUGGACUUGCUGUCGGUGGCAGGUGGUGCAGUGGGCGCGGUGCUGGAGGCUGCCUCUCAACCCACCUGCUCUCUCAUCCUCCUCUCAGAUGGCACCGCCUCACCAUCCACCAUCUUCAAGGUGCUGAGUACGUGGCGGGGGUGUCCCUUGGGCGCGGGGGUGCUGGAGGCGCGGGCGGACGGUCUGGACCCCAACAGGACGAGCACCUUCCUCUCCCAGCUGGUCCUCCAGGCCCGACGGGUAGGUCACUACUGCCGAGGCUGGCAGGUCACUAUUGCUGAGGCUGGCAGGUCACUACUGGCCGAGGCUGCUUCCCUGGAUGACCACCAGGUGCGACUGGGGUCAUGGUGUGUGUGGGUGGUGGUAGUCAGUCUUGACACCACCUUCCUCGCCGCCUUCGCUGAGAGGUCCCUCAAGGGGCGCCUCCUGGCGUGGGACACCAAGCUGCUGGUGGUGACUCGUCUCCCCCUGACACAGCUCCACGCCCUCCUCUCCUCCCACUGGACCUUCUCCAUGAUGGCCGCCAUCUUCCUCAACCUGGAGCCCACCUUCAACCACCUCAGGUUAGGCUUGUACAGCCACCUGCCGUACGGCCGUGAGGGGGCACAGGUGGUGCGGGUGGCCACCUGGGAGGCCAAGAACGGUCUCGUCCGCCACUCUCACUACCCACUUUUCCCUGAUAAGUUUUCCAACUUCAACGGGGCCAGGGUGAACGUGACAGCCCUGCCGUUCUUGCCGUUCUGGGGUGAGGGAGAGGUGGGUGGCGUGAAGGAGUACACUGGCUCCGACUACCAGCUGCUGGCGGCGGUGGCUGCCACUCUCAACUUCACCAUGAUGGUCUUGCCCAGUGACUCGUGGGUUCAGGUGGUGAGUCAAGUGGUAGAUAGGGUGUCGUUCAUGGCCUCCGUCUACCACAUCCUCCUUCCCCAGCGCCAGGAACAAUACGACUUCACCUUCACCUACGAGUACGCAUACUUCUCCUUCGCCAUGGCCAAGCCCUCGCUGCAGCCCCAGUGGCAGAGCGUCUACCUCCCUCUGGCGACGGAGGUGUGGGCGGCUGUAUUAGGCGUAGUGGUCCUUGUCCCACCCAUCCUCUUCUGGCUGAGGCGGGUCGGAGAGCACGCGGACGGUCGGGACGCAAGUGGUGUUGCGCAUGACGUGGGUCGGGAAGCAAGCGGUUUUGCGCACGAGGCGGCUCGGGACGCAAGUGGUGUUGAGCACGGGGCAGGUCGGGAUGCAAGCGGUGUUGCGCACGACGUGGUGGGCCUGCUGGUUGGUCAGAGCCUGCCACCACGACUGCCCAAGGCUACCUCAAGCCGCAUCCUGCUGGCCGUGUGGCUCGCGUUCUCUAUCAUUUUCGGAACGGCUUAUCGUGGCAACCUCACCGCCUUUCUCACUCUGCCCAAGUACCCGCCUCGAGCUGAGACGCUCCAGCAGCUUGUUGCUGCUGCAGACAGGGUAACCAUGCCGCCAUAUGGAGAGGAAUUCCAGAGGUUCUUCAAGCAGUCGGACUCUGUGGUGUUCAAGGCGCUGGCUGAGGUCAUGCACUUCAACCCCAGCGUCACACAGGGGCUGCAGGCUGCCACAAGGAAGAGACAGGCUUACAUGGGAGGCAGACGAUACCUGCAGCAGAAGGUGGCAGAGCUGUUCACUGAGGCUGACGGCAGCACCACGCUCUACCUGGGCCGAGAGUCCAUCUUCCCGGGGCCCUCCGGCUGGCCCAUACCCCACGACGCCCCCUACAAGCAACACCUCGACCGCUGCAUCAUGGCUGCUCUUGAGGCUGGACUGUAUGAUAAGUGGAGCGACGACAUGUUGGCCCAGGCGCGGCAGGAAAGCCGGCGGCGGGAGCACUUGGUCCAACAGCAGAAGCAGAAAGCAGCAGGGCAGGAACCAAGGUCUGACAGCAGCCUGAGGGCCCUCACCACCACACACCUGCAGGGAGCCUUCAUGCUGCUCCUGCUGGGGCUCGCCCUCGCUGGGCUCUGCUUCGUCCUGGAGGUCCUGACGCUGAUAGUCCACUGUGACAGGGGUUGAGGGUUGUUCUUUAGCAAAAUACUUGGAGCUCUCUAACAAAUGGAACACUAAUCUGGUAUCCUGAUCUUGUGACUCAGUAGGAAGAGCUGUGGGAUUCUGUUUUAUGUGAUCUGCGGUUCGAAGCUCGGAUGGCCCAAGUGAAUGAAAUAUUAUUAUCCACGAUAUGGUGGU